AUGAGGUCCGACAGCAAAGGUAAACCACCUGGGCUCAAGUCCCACGCAGUAGGCCUGGGAUCGUCUUCCUUGCAGGACACCACCGAGGUAUUGGAGUCGUUUAGCGUGAGUCCCACCGGGCUGGAGGAAGCUGGCGACGGCGAGGUUCUCGAGAACCUGCCCGGGCAGGAUGAACUUGGGGGCCUGAGGUUGCUCAUGUCCCAGCUGUCCUUGGAGCCCUGCCCGGUGGGCGACCUGGCUGCGCAGUUUGCCGCCUUGGCACUGGAGAACUGUCAGCCCUUCCCCGGCGACGACCAACCUCCUUCACAAGGUAGGUUCUGGCUGUACAACAUUGGGGACGGCAGGCACCACAUUGCGGACGCCGAAACUCCGCUGGCCUUCAACGACAUAGAACAGUGCACUGUGCCGAGUGAGUGCUUGCAGGAUCCUAAGUUCCAAAUCGGGGCUUACUGGGCGCAGAAGUGCCUCGCAGAGCUAGGUCAGACAGACGAGGAUCUGCUGAGGCAGGAGCCCUUUGCAGUGGAGCUCGGGGACGCGCCGCUCGCCAUGACACUGAUUAAGCUGGAGGAGAUGGAGCAGGAAGAAGGCGGGGGCAUGGGCAUGGGACCGUCCUUCUCGGUCAGAAACUGUGUAAACAGCAAAUAUAGAUUUUUGCACCGGGCUAGCGGCGUCAGCAUGGAAUUGGAUCGGAGAAGCCUGCUCGACGCCAGCUUUGAUCUUAGGGCAUGGCGUCGGAACUUGUUGCGUGGCAACUGUUGA